UUUUACAGCGUUUCAGAGCAUUUGGAGACGUAAUUAGCUGCUAAACGACAUCGACUUCUCAUCGAUUCCGUUGGAUUUAUCUUUUCAACUAAUGAUUAAUUGAAUCAGCUGAACGGACUGGUAUUUGGUUUUGUUGUUUUCUUAUCUGCUAUUAGUUACUUGAUCCAUCUAUAAAAGAGGAUGAAUCGCUGCGUAUCUGAUUUCGAGACUGACGAAGAUUUCUCGCUUCAUACUUCUUCCGUGCCAUUGCGCUCCAAUACAUCUUCCAUGUCAGACGGCGAGGUUAUGUAACUGCUGUAGAAGAACGGACAGGUGGUAGUGCAUAGUCAGAAUCAGAAAUCCAGGACGAAAUCACCCCCGUCAACAACGGCCGAGCAAAUCACGAACAGAGAUAUUCGACCUUUGAAUCAAGAGGAAGAGCCGCAGCUCUUUAUGCAGGAGGACGAAAUGAUUUCAUGGCUUCAUUAUCCUCUUGUUGAUGAUUCUACCUUGGAGAAUAGUUUAUGCAAUGAACUCCUCUAUCCUUCGCAACCUCAGAGCAUUGAGCAAAACGUUGGCGAUUCUUCGCAAGUUCGUACUAGUCAUGGCAUGGAGUUCCGCCCGUUGACGUCGAUGACAACAACGAUAUCAAGGAUGACUUCUCGGCCGCCAAUACCACCGACGAGAAGAACAGAACCGGAAACGAAGAUGAGUAGCUUCGGGCUCUUCUCGAGGCACACAGAGAGGCUCGAAUCUGGUCCGUCUAAGUCAAAGAGAGAGGUAAGGGAAUCUCCAGUCGUCGGUUCGACUUGGGGCGACACAACGUGGUUGACGCCCGAAUCAACGGCUUCGGAUUUACAGAGGACGGCUGUAGUCGACGCAUCAAGCGGUGAUUUAGCCUGCAGGGUUAUGAGCGGUGGUGGAUUAACGGCUACAUCGAGUGGCAACGAUGGAGGGCUGAUGAAUAUGACAGGGGCUGAGACAGAUCCCGCAAUUCAAAGGACGACGAGUUUUGAGGAUCGAAAGCGGAAAGGAAAAGAAACGGACGAUUCCGAUUACAAAUGCCGUAGCACGGACGUUGAAUUUGAAUCUACUGAUGCAAAGAAGCAAGGUCGUGGAUCAACCUCUACAAAAAGAUCUCGUGCUUCUGAGGUCCAUAAUCUCUCAGAGAGAAGAAGAAGAGAUCGGAUAAAUGAAAAGAUGAAGGCUUUGCAGGAGCUAAUACCUCGGUGUAAUAAGGCGGAUAAAGCUUCAAUGUUGGACGAGGCAAUUGAAUACCUGAAGUCACUUCAGUUCCAAGUGCAGUUUCUAUGGAGAUGGUCCAUGGUAUGUGGUUUGGUGCCUAUGAUGUCUCCUGGCGUCCAACAAUUUAUGCCACCAAUGCCAAUGGGACUUGGAAUGGGCAUGGAAACAAGUGUGAACCUUCCCAUGAUGCCAGAUCGUAAUAUGUUAGCUGGGUCGACAUUUCCGAGUCCAGCUGGAGCAGCCCAAAUUGGAUCAACUUUCACUCAUCCAGUCUUUCAUAUGGCGCAUGUUCCUAAUACCGACCCAUCAAGAACUCAAGGAACAAAUCUGUCGGAACAUAUGCACAGCUUAUCAGAAAUGCAAAAUAUAAACCAUCCAAGAUUCUCAAGUUCACUUGAUGGUUACCAGCAGUUUCUUGGCUCCCAACAGAUGCAGGUGCCCGCAGCAGCAUCACAACAGCCUUCCCCACAGAAUCAACUAGCCGCCCUACCCAGAUCCCCCAAUCAACAUACUAGUCGGGGACUUGAAAGCAUCGACAAUAAUCGCGAACCAGGGAACCCCAGCAUGGAUCCAUGUUUAAACCGGAGGAAGCAUGAAAGUUCUUAGCCAAGCCCUACAUGCCUUCAAAAUUUUGUAGCGUAAGAGAGGCAGUAAAUGGUUUCGGCUGAAUUUUGUUAGGAGAUAGAGUUCCAUAACAUCACACACACAGGUAAACAUGUAAUUAAGCAUAGUUCUUAUCAUUAUCAAAUGAGAACAACAGCUUCCUUGGCA